UUUAUUUUGAGUGCAACUGCCGGUUUUAUUUUGUGUAUUCCUCGCUUUUCAGCUUGAGUUGAGUUACAAAUAAUCCCUAACGUUCCUUGAUAUUCACGUAUUGACUGAUCUGUAGUUUUUCGCCAUGAACGUGCGAAAGUGUUGUGUCGGUAACUGCCAGUCUACGAAUCGUACUCAUCGCCUUUUCCUUCUUCCAAAGGACGAUAAUUUGAGAGAUUUGUGGCUAUCAUUCUUGAUUCCAACUAACAUAGAGCUCAGUGGUCUGUCUAAGAAUCAGUUGUUGUCUAAACGUGUUUGCCAAAAUCAUUUUGAUCGCUAUCAAUUUGAUAGCGUGGGGAACCGCCUACGCCACGGCUACCCUUGCUUGUUUUCUGAUAAAGAAAUAUCUUUUGGUAUUCCAUUGAGUUCAACUGUUGGUGACCAUUUAAGUGAUCACAAUUACUUUUUGUCAUCUGCACCUGAGAGCCACACUGUAAGUGGUUCAUACAUUGAAGUUGAUGAUGACCACAACUACCAUUUGCCAAUUGUGCCUGAGAGUGCAAUAGCAGAAGCGACUGUUCAAGGACAUUGCUCUAAAGACGUAGAACCUAUGGAAACCGAACCCACGGCACCCAUGGACACUACAAGUUCUGACCAAAUAUUGCAAACACCAGUGGUUACUAAAACCAAAGUAACAGCAAGAACAUCAAGACGAAAUAUCUUAUUUGCAAAAAAAUGUUAUUCUGAAACAACCAAAAAGGUGUCAUUUUGCUCAUGUUUCGUCAAGAAAAUGAAGAAACAAGCAUUGUCUGUAAAAAAUAAAUCCUUCAAUGAGAGACUAGCUGGAGCUAAAACAUUGAGUCAAGAUAAUUCCUUUCUACUGAGUUUUGGCAAGAUGAAUAAACAUGCACAGAAUUUUAUCAUGAUGCAAUUAAAAUCAGUGGAUAAAAAGAAAAAAGGUGUGAGAUUUACACAUGAUGAAAAAUUGUUGGCACUGACUCUCAUGAAGGAGAGCCCUAAAGGAUAUCGAUUGUUACAAAAAAUCUUUAAACUUCCAUCAAAAAGAACAUUAAACCGUUUGGCUGAGAUGAUUACUUUUGGUGUUGGUAUCAAUAAUAAUAUAUUCCAACUUAUCGAAAGAAGAGCUAUGAAUUGGGACAUAAAAAGAAAACUUUGCUCUAUAGUCUUUGAUGAGGUAGCUCUCACUCCUCAUUUGACAUAUAUCGAAUCAAAGGAUGAAAUAAGAGGAUUUAAAGACUUAGGCAGUCAAACAUUUUUUAAUUACGCUGACCAUGCCCUUGUUUUCAUGCUCAGAGGACUAUGUUCCAACUGGAAACAACCUAUUUGUUAUUAUUUUUGUGAGGGCACAACUUCUACUAUUGAAGUUAAAAGAAUUGUGCAAGAAGUAGUUGCGAAGGUGGCCAAUUCAGGACUUCUACCAAUAGCACUUGUUUGUGACCAAGGUACCACAUUUAGAAGUGCAUUAAAAGGGUUGCGUGAAGAUACCGAGCAGAGAAGAAUUCUGAAAGGCGAACACAAUGAUGGAACAAUUGAAGUCUCGGGACAAAGACUGAGCGUGGUGUUUGACCCUCCACACUUGCUGAAAGGAUUGAGGAACAAUUUAUUAAACAAAAAUAUGAUUUUUAAUGGUUCAAUUGCGACAUGGGAUGAUAUCCUCAUAGUCUAUAAAGCUGAUUGUCAACUGGGACACACCAGGAUGAAUAAAAAACUAACUGACCACCACAUAAUAUCAUCAAAAAUAAAAAAAAUGAAAGUUAGUGUUGCUGCACAAGCACUCAGCGAGCAAACAAGUGCCAUGCUUAAAUACACUGCAUUAUUUGAUACAACGGUUGGUGGUGAAAAAGUUAGUGCAACCAUGAAGACAACAGGUGACGCCGUGGAAUUUAUAGACAAGUUGUUCGAUAGCGUCAAUGGGACUAAACGCAAUACAAAAAAAGGGAAGCUGCGAGGACCAGUAAAGCCGAAUUCGAAACAUUUCGAAUUCUGGCGCGAGGCAAUAAAUACAAUAAAAAAUAUAAGAUUUGUGGACUCAGCCAGUAAAAGAGCUAAAAAUAAUAAAAAAGAGUACCAUGUGCGAGUCCCUUCUCUUGAUGGUUGGGUUAUGACUUUGAAAAGCUUUGAGAGGAUAGCCAACUUACUAUUUACUAAGUACGAUUUAAAAUAUUUUUAUCCUGGGUUAAUAAAUCAAGACCCUCUCGAAAACUUUUUUGGCAGAAUAAGGGCAAUAAAUUAUAGAAAUGUUAAUCCUGACUCUUAUACAUUUGUCAAUGCCUUCAAGUCCUUAUUGAUUUCUAAUGUGAUGGGUCCUCACAGUAUUUAUUCGAACUGUGAGGAUGAUGAUGGGCAAACAAUAAUAGAUUUUUAUAAUUUAUUGAAGUCAAGGGAAGAAGAAAACAAAGAAAAUAUCCCAAGUACAACAAAUGUACCAAGCAACACAACAAUAUCAGAUGUAAAUGAAUAUGACAAGAAUAUAUCCCAAGAGACAUUGAGGGUUACGGCUGUAAAUGAAAGAGUCAGGGUUCAUUCAUCUGCAUAUACAGCAGGCUACAUAUGUAGAAAAAUAAAUAAAAAAAUUAAUUGCCAAGAGUGCCAAAAAACUUUUGUUGCAGAGGUCCAAGAAAAUUUCCACAAAUGGAUAAUGUAUAGGGAGUAUAAACUAUUAAAAAAUAGCAAUUUAGCUUAUCCCUCAAAGCGGUUUUUAAUAUUAUAUAGAGAUAUAGCCAACUUGAUACAUUUAUAUUUAAACCAAUAUGCCCACAUAAAAAGUAUUGGGAAAAGUAUAAAAAGAGAAAUCCUACAUAAACUUAAAUUUGACUGGCUGGGUUGCUCAAAGCACAAAACAAAUGCACGCGAAUAUUUUAUUAACUUAAUUUUAAGGCUGCACAUCCAUAACUGGUGCAAUAUAAUAAAUAAAAUAUUAAGAGGAGAUGUGGAGGAAAAAUACAUUUUAAAAAUGAGUAUUGCUCAAAUUAAGAUUCCCGAAUAG